UCCGAUGUGACUUCGGAGCUUAGGAAGAUAUGUGCGGAGGCUAGUCCUCCAGAGCACCGGCUCCGCUGGCCAUCCGGAGCUCGGCUCCGCUGGGUUUCUGGAGGGUGGCUCCGCUGGGUCUGCAAAGCGCCGACUUCGCUGGAACUCCGGUGCACGGCUCCGCUGAGCCUCCGGAGGGUGGCUCUGCAUAACUGCUCAAUUUGUGCUGUUGGUCUAUAGUAUUUCCUAAUGUUGAUUCGGAGCCGAACGACCGCUUCACCCUCGCACGAGUUGGACCGCACCUGGGACUUCGCAGUGGACCUUCGCACGGGUGCAGAUUCGAUCUCCUAUCCGAUUCGAUGGCUCCCCUGUAAAGAAGCGACUCCCGUUCCCGUAUUGGUUUCGAAAGAAAAAAAAAAAUAAGCCACCCCGAGGCCGUGAUUGCCCCUCAAGCCUCAACCCUAGAUCCCAAAAUCCCAAAAUCCAUCCUCGAUUCGCCUGCUUCAUCUCGCCGGCACUCUUCACUGAUCCACCCCCGGCGCAUCCCGUGCCCGUCGUGCCUCCCUCCCCAGCUAAGCUGCGCACUCUCCCUUGCUCGGCGCGUGGAAUCAGUCGGGACAAGUUGCGCGAUCUGCUAGGAACCGGCUGCCGAUAUUUUCACCACUUCCUAAUUUGCCAUACGACACUGGGGUUUGGAUAAAUUGGAGCCUUUUUACAUUUAUAUGCACAGAAUCAGGACUGCAAAAACCCUGGGAAACAAGGGGGGUAUUGAUUGCACAAGAGGCGUGAGUAGGGAGCAGAGAGCCAUAAAUAGAAGGAACAGGCUUGAGUCAUCAUUGGUUUCAAGUGGGAGUGAUGGCCCAAAACGCUCGAGUUUUGGCCCCAAAGGCUUCAGCCGUGCCAUAAAACAAAUGAGAAAAAUUCAAGCGGCUCGGGCGGCGUUGGCUGAUUUUGAUAACAAGGAAUGUGCUGCUGAGGCAGAACGAUAUGACAAAAUUCCUGAUCAAGUUGUUUCGAACAGUGCUUUUGAAGAGAAACCAUUUGGCUUUACAGUCGAAACUAGUGCCAAGGAUAAAGAGUUGUCUUCCGUUGUCAUCUCGCUUGCUUUGUUUGAUGGAGAUAAGAUGUUAUUUGCAUGCUCGGGUAUACCUCUACCACACGGAACAACUAGACUACACCUAACAAGAUUUGUGACUUCAGCACGUUUGGCUAAAGAAUUCAAUGCCAACAGAUAUAGAGAUGAUAAAUUGAGGAUUGAAGUGCGCCUUCCUAAUAAUAGAACUACCAGUGGGCUCUUGGGACUAUAUGAUGAAGAUAUUGCUAUUGUCACGUCCUUCGGCCUCCUAGCUGUCCGUCCUGUAGAUCUGGAUUUUCAGGCAACACCUGUCUAUUCGGUACUAGCUGCUGGGCGUGCCUUCAAGUCGGGCAGUUUGAUGGCCGCACAUGGGUCUCUGAAUAGAGAACGUCCCAGCACCUGGGUUUCUGAUAGUCAAGAUCUCACAGAGGCUGUACUUGGAGGGCCACUUAUAGGAAAUGGUGCAAGAUUUGUUGGGAUGAACCUUACACUUCAUGGUGAUCAGAAUGUGACAUUCCUAUCACAGAAUUUACUUCGUGAACGCAUAGAGCAUUUUCAGAUACUCAAUCCUAAAGAACUCCACUUCCGUGGAUAUUCGUUGCCUUCAGGUGUAUAUCGCAUAGUCCCUUCAGGAUUUGUGGCCACUGUUAACCGGAUAAAAGCCCUCGGCUAUCCCAUGCCACCACCACUUGUGCUAGAACUCAAUGGGCGUUUGCUUAAUCAAUUUGAAGAAAUGUUUGGUGACUCACUUGCUUGGAAAGGGUACCCUUUUGGUCGUCUACCCCGUGGUUCUUGCGAGCGUGUCUGGGCGCGACUUGAAAAAAAAGUUGUGAUAGAUACAUCCCGUCGUGUUGUCUCACUUGCUUCAUUCGAUGGAGACGAGAGGUUUUUUGCAUGCACAGGCUUGCUUAUAAAGUGGCAUGGAGGCAGAGCCAAGCUCACUGCUGUGCUGACUUCAGCCAGUUUGGUUAGAAGUCGUUAUAAUGAAGAUGAUAUUGAUGAGAACUUGAGGAUUGAGGUGUUUCUCCCACCGAAUCAACGUGGCAGUGGGAGAUUGGAAUGGUAUAAUUUAAACUAUAAUAUUGCUAUUGUCAGUGUCCAGAAGAGUUUCCAUGCUAUUCGUCCAUUAGACAUUUUCUACAAAGAGCAAAAGUCAUCUGGAAAAGUAGUAGCUAUAGGGCGUGACCCUGUAUUUGGUAUAUUAAUGGCCUCAAUUGGUGAAGUGAAAGUGAAGCCCAGAAAGAAGGAUAUCAAACUUGAUUGCAAAGAUCUUCAGCUGUCCACUUGUCAAAUCAAGAAGGCUGGGAUUGGAGGCCCUCUUAUUAGUUUUGAUGGGAGUUUUGUUGGCAUGAACUUUUAUGAUGGAAGUGAGGUAACUCCUUUCCUGCCAGAGAGUACGAUUGUCGAAGUUUUAUGGACUGCGAUUGAAUACCCACUACCAUUGUAUGAAAGAAAUAUGUUGGAUGACAGUGGGAUGUUCGGUCCCCGUCCUCUUUACGUAGAAGAUGGUGGAAGGACAAAGAAAAGGAAAAACAAGUGGCCUGUGCCCGAGCCGUAUUGGUAUCAUGGGGGACUUGAUGUGGAUAGGUUUGAUGUACCUGAGCUUAUGGGAAGGACUCUCAAUUAGACUAUUGGAGUAGUAUUGGUUAUUGUGGUCCUUGUUCUGCUCAUCUGGCAAGUACUAUCUUACAGACCUGCAGUGCUAUCGUUGUCUAGCAAGUAUUUGACAGACCUGUCUAUGUCUUAAGAAUAUAUAUAAGUUGGACUGGUGUUGCUGUAGGGUCGUCAAUGGGACUGUUGCAAUUUACAAGUUUGCUCAAAUAUUUGACUUGAGCUAAAUGCUCUCAGUUGGUCAAGUCGCGUCGCAAGCACAAUGUUGUCUUUUGUUUUUGACAUGGAUGAUUAAUUUAUCUAUCUAUAAAUCUAAAGUUUAAA